UGCAGCAGGCAAAGAACAGUUCCUUCAUCUGGUGCACAUGUAACCGACUUGACCUCCGUUUGUGGAGUAGUUUAAUGUCCUCAUUUUCUCUCCCUGCUCGCAUAUUCGCUAACAGUAGUGGCAGAAUAGAAAGAGCAGGUAGUAGUGUUACAAAGCGCACAGGCAUUAGGUGAAUAUUAUCAUUCCGCUGUGUUAGGGUAAAUAAGUGUGAGGCUGAUGGCUGCGGUGUCGGCUCUGUCUCCUGACUCUGGGCCUGUGGAGACACGGCCACCUGAAGACGACAUCGAAGGAGACGAUGAAGAUGACCUGGAUGAAACCUUGCUGGAGAGGCUGUGGGGGUUAACAGAGAUGUUUCCUGACACACUGCGCUCAGCAGCAGAAGUAUCGGCACAGUGCUCGCUGUCCCUUGCAAAAAAAGUUUACAGUUUUUCCCGCACUGCACUGUGGAUCGGCACCACUUCAUUUAUGAUCCUGGUUCUUCCAGUCGUGUUCGAAACAGAGAGAUUACAGUUGGAACAACAGCAGCUACAACAACAGAGACAGAUCCUAUUGGGGCCAAAUGCCGGGAUAUCUGGUGUAAUUCCUGGAAUGGCACCUGUUGCUCCUGGAAAGGUCUGAAGAAAUGGUUCAUACCCCAUCCUUAAGCUUCAGUUCACAGGGGACCUGGAAAUAAGUCUUUUAAUCAUCUGAAUGAAGAAGAAAAGGAGACAUGAGCUGGCUUCAUUCAUGGAAUCAGUCAUCCAAUAUUUUUUGUUUUUGUUUGUUUGUUUUUUGUCUUUACAUUUGUCUUUCAGAAGAUAAAAGAUUAAUAGUAGUACUCCAAUACUGUAAUAAAGUGGGUUUUUUUUUCUCUUACAUGUAUGCAUACAUACAUACAUACAUACAUACAUACA